UUUCGUUCCCCACCAUCCACGCGGCCGUCCAUCCCUUCACACUGCUCCACAGCCAUCCAUCCCUCCGCCGCCGCCGCCGCCGCCGCCGCCGCCGCCGCCGAAACCCUACCGGCGUCGAUCGAAUCCCCUCGCCUCCGCCUCGCGCGCACGCGGGGGGUUGGGCCCGAAUCGGAGGCAGACCGGCCAGGAGCGGCGGGAUCCCUCGCUCCGUCGGCGCGAAUCUUGGUCCGGCCAUGGCGGUGGUGGGGGUGCUGGAUUCUUUGGCCGCCGAGGAGCGGUGGCUGUACCCGGGGUUCCUGGCCAUGUACGCCGCCAUCUACUGCGUCGGCCAACUCGCCCUGCUCCGGCGGUGGGCGUGGCCGCUCCGCCUCGACGGCGCCAGCUGCCUCAUCUCCCUCGCGCACGGCACGCCCGCCGCGCUCGCCGCGGCGGGCGCCAUCCUCGCGCUGCCGCCGGAGGCGAGGGGGUUCGCCGCGCCCAACACCCGCCUCCAGGACCACGUCCUCGACUACAGCGUCGCCUACUUCACCAUGGACCUGCUCCACUACCUCGCCUUCCUCCCCGGGGACACCCUCUUCAUCGCCCACCACGUCGCCACGCUCUUCGUGUUCGUCACCUGCCGCUACCUCGUCCGCCACGGCGCCUACGCGCUCCUCGUCCUCCUCGUCCUCGCCGAGGUCACCAGCCUCCUCCAGAACGUCUGGACGCUCGCCGGGAUCUGGCGCGCCGAGAAGCCCGCCGCGGCGAGGGUGUACAGGGCGCUGUCGCCGCCCUUCUACUUCAUCUACACCGUCGUCAGGGGCGUCGCCGGCCCGCUCUUCUUCCUCAAGAUGAGCCUCUUCUACCUGUCCGGCCAGGCCGUCGACGUCAUCCCGUGGUGGGUGCGCAUUUCUUGGAUCGUCGUCGUCGGCACCGCCAUCACGGUCAGCAACCUGUGGAUUUGGAACCUCUGGAAGGAGCUCUUCAGAGAACGGAAGCAGAGCAUGACGAAGAAAAGCACAUGACGAUGAUGGAUAUUUUGGAUGGCAUUUGUGGAGAAUUCUCUAUAUGACAUAAUUCUUUCAUUCAGGUCAGAAAUCUCAAGUCUAAUUAAUUAGUACUUAGUAGGGAAUAGUCCAAUGGGCAUUCUGUCGCAUGCAUUGGGAUUUUACUUGUUGAUCAUUCAGCUAAGAACACUAAUCACUCCUUGAUGGCGAGUUCUUUGGAGUGAUGGUUCCCUUUAGCAUUUAGAUAAAAAAAAAAUACUGUACUGCUACAUAUACCUCACUUGAUGAUUACCAAUAGAUGGUUCUUUGGAGUGAUGGUUCCCUUCAGUAUUAAUGUUGUCUGCCA